AUAGAUAUAAGACAGCGUCGGCGGCGUGGCGUGGAGUACAGGCCGAGUGUCGCCAUGCUGUGGCUGUGCUGUGUCGUCAGCGCGCUGCUGCUGCAGGCCGGGGCCAACCCCGCGCCCCUGCAGCCGGAGCAGCGGCCGCUGUCGCUGGUGUCGGAGCUGGGGUCGCGGCUGGGCGCGCACCCGGCGCGGCUGCAGGACGCGCGCCUGCCGCUGCCCUCCCCGCAGGACCUGGACGCCAUCAAGAAGGUCGCGCAGAUACUCGUCACGCUCGGACAGCAGGUAAUUCCUGGUAUAAUAGGCGAGCCGGUGCCGGCGCCCGGCGGCUGCGAGCCGGCGGCCGGCGCGGACGACGUGCCCAACGACCCCGUCACUCUCGACAGACAGCCGGCCUAGCUGCCAUUGUCUUCCAUCCAUCUUACUUACUAACUAAACCAUUAUUCUAUUUUGUAUCAUUUCAAACGAGAUUUACAGCCUCUUUAUAAGGUACCACACUAUUCAUAUAAUUAGAUUGGUUCGUGCUAGACAGGAACUAGUCUGUAGUCGAGAGUGUACACAAUGAUCACCCCCCCCCCCACACUACGGCUAGCUCGGGGCUGUAUGAUUCAGUAAGAUUAUUACAGGUUUUUUUUUAAAGAAAAUUAUAGCCAACAUUAUUCAGGUGUCAUGGAAGUAGAAAUACCUUAGAAUUUUGCAUGUAAUACUUAGUGUUGUAAGUUGUACUUAUAAUGUAAGAUUCGGGAUUGUAUAAUAAUGUAGGCAUGUAAGUACAUAGCACGUAAAUACUAGCGGCAUCCGGAGAUAAUGUCUUAGUCAAGGUAAAUAAAUAUUUGCAACAAG